UGUACUCCCCCCUCCCUCCCUCCCCUCACCCUCAGCAGCACUGGCAGCGGCGAUGGCAACGAAUUUAAAUUAGCGGUGUUUGGGCAUUACUGGUGCGUUUCCCUCGAAUGCCGACCUUGCGUGUUUUGCCAAACGGAUUUGCUUUCAUUUAUUACCGUGGGAUUAACCGACGUUAUCCUGAGAGGCCGAAGAGAUUUGCGUCGCGCGGGGCGGGGAGGAGUGCUCGGAGGUGUCUUUGGUCUCCUCCGUCAUCUCGCCACUUGCCUCAGCCAGCCAGUAUGCUUCUGUAACAACCCAAGACGGAUACAAGGGCGGCGACGGAGCCAAUGUGCCCAUAAAGCAUGGAUGUGAGUGCCAGGCAGGGAGGCAGCACCAGGAGGAGAGCAGCAGAAGAUGGUGAACUAGUAGGUGUAGGAGGAGGCGUGGAAGUUCUGGUGGUACCGCAGGACCUGUACGACUCUGCCAGGGCCAAAAUAGAAGCAAAUCUCCGAUGGCUGCUUGCCAAAGCUUAUGGCAUUGCAGACCACAUCCCAGAGGACCUGAAGGACCCCUUCUACACCGACCAGUAUGAGCAGGAGCACAUCAAGCCCCCUGUCAUUCACAUGCUGCUAUCCGGAGAGAUCUACUGCCGGGUGUGCGGACUCAUCCUGCGCGCAGAGCAAGCCGUCUCGCUUCGAAGCCAUCAGUCCGUCCUCCAGGCCCUCUCGGCCAGGGGCAUCCAAGUGCGGGACUCGGACGACGUGCACGUCUCCACUUUGGAUCUCAACUCGAGCCCUGUCAAGAUGAGUUGCCACAUGCACCUGAUCGAUGCCCUCAUGAUGGCCCACACGAUGGAGAUGAUCAGUGUGGAGAAGGUGGUAUCCAGUGUCAAGCGCUUCUCCAACUUCAGUGCCUCCAAGGAGCGUCCCAUGGACCUGGAAGAUGCCAUGGUUCUUUGGAUCAACAAGGUGAACACAAAAAUGAGCGCUAUUGCCGAAAAAGAGAUGAAGAUGAAGCAGCACCUGCUGGACUCACCAAACUAUCAGAAGCCCGACAUAUUGCAUGCACUUGCCCAUUGUAUGUUGGAGCCUGUGGAGUUCUCCCGCGUGGUACGCUAUCGCAGGGAUCACCUCUCGGGUCGAACACUUCAGCACUUCUCCGUGGUGGACGACCUGUGCAGAGACGUUUGCGACGGCGCUGCUCUUCUGGCCCUAAUCCACUUCUAUUGCCCUGAACUCAUUAGACUUGAAGAUAUCUGCCUGAAAGAUGUGGCCUCCAUUGCCGACAGCAUGUACAACAUCCAUCUGCUGAAGGAGUUUUCCAAUGAAUACUUGAACAAGUGCUUCUACCUGAAGGCAGAGGACGUGCUGUAUUGUCAUCCAAUGCUAAGGAGCAAUGUGAUGGUGUUCAUCGCCGAGCUCUUCUGGUGGUUUGAGAUUGUGAAGCCCGAUUUUGUUCACCCCAGAGACCUUAAGGAAAUCACAGAUGCACGAAUGCUUCUGCAGCCCAAGACCUCUCGAUCCUACACGACCAUGGAUGCUACCAAGCGUACUUUCCUCACCACGUCAAACGCCGCUGCAAUGUUGCCUUCCAGCCCGGACUUCGGCAUUGUACCAAGCACUUCCAGCUCUCUUCACUCUUCAGUGCCUCCAAGACAGAGACGACAGAGGGGAGUUGAGGGCGAUGUUGCAGUGAGGAAUCCGUGUAGCUCUCUGGCACGUAAAGAUGAGAAGCCUCAAGGUUUGUCACAGGUCUGGCCAGAGAGGAGGCAGAGGCCUUUAUCUCAGCCGCCACCCUACGCCUUGCAUUUCCCCAAUCAGCCGGACGACGCAGUCAAUUUCAGUCCGGUUCGCUCCCUCAGCAAAGACAGCUCGGGCAUUAUGACACCCAGCCACAUGCUCGUGGGUCCGGGUCGCCCGCUACAUCAGCACAGACUGAGCGGGCAAAGCCUCCUCAGCCACGUUCGCAUUGAGGAUGAGGAGGAGAUCUUAGAGGAGGAAGAACUGGUGGCUGUAAUCCACCCCGCUGCUUUCCCCCGACGUCAGCGCAAAGGCGACAUGGAGCUGGAUGAACUGGAAGUCCCGCACACAUCCCGAAGGCUUUCCAACAUGGAUGUCUUAACUCCAGACUUGCAGGUGGACAGCUACUACCUUGAGCCUCUGAUGGCCACCAUCCCAAAGCCAGCGAAAGAGAAGAGCAUCAGCCUGAACAAGGAGGAGGAGAGCGGGGAGAGUCACUGCAGGUCAGGGCUAUUUGGUGUGAAGACAGAUGUUCCACACAAACCGCACCGGAGGUCACCAUUGUCUGAAUGUGGUCAGUUAAUAUUUAAGCCCAUACCUGCUGUUAAAUCCAUCCACGCCCGGGAAGGUUCUUCACUUUCUGAGAAGACACAACCGCAAGGAUUCUUCCUUCACUUGUCUGGAGAGAGUGACUGUCACAGUCAUCUUUCCUCCGACGCUGAAGCCGGUCAAGACUCUGACUCGGACAUUGCAGAUUUCGAGGACGACGACGAGGACGUGGACCUGCUCGAGCCGGGCGACGUGAAAGGGGUUUGUUUAUUGCGAGAAUUCUCCGAGGUCGAGUCUUUUAAGCUGAGAGAAGACCUGAAGGUGAGCGAGCGAGACGACAAGGAAGACUGGAGUGGACGUUCCAGUCCUUGCCUCAGUACGGCGUCCUGCGCGAGCAGCUGCAGCGCUUCGGGCGGCGCCGGUGUCAGAAUGACCAGCUUUGCCGAAAGAAAGCUGCUUAAGCUCAGCCUCCGUGACGGAUUCUCCAGCACGAGCAGUUCGCAGGUGACGACGCCCGAUCACUCCGAGAUUAACCCUUGCCCUCCGUGGCAACUCAAAACCGAAGGAAGCCCCACGUCCGCUGUGAAGAAGAUGGCGCUUUCUCCAGUUGUGCCUUCAGAGUUGCUGCAGCUCCACAUGCAGCUCGAAGAGCAAAGGCGCGCCAUCGAGUACCAGAAGAAGAAGAUGGACACCUUGUCGGCACGGCAACGACUGAAACUGGGCCAAGCUGCCUUCUUGAACGUCGUGAAGAAGGGAGAAGGGAGGAGCGACACGCUCCCUCUUCCUCUCAGACAUUCGCCUUCCGCCGAUCUGUCCGCUGCUCAGAAAUCAAAGAGUCAAUUCUGCAAGGAUGACUCCUGUCUUGACGUUUUGAAGGUGCAGUCACAAGCGGAAGGAAGACUAAAUGGAGAUAACCGGCUCAACACCUCGGCUCAGGAUCGCGCCUCAGGGUCGGACGUGAGUGAGCGCUCCCGCUCCAUCGACCUCCUCAACGAAGCCAUCAGCACUAUCCAGCAGCAGAUGACACAGCUGUCGUUGCAGCAAGACUUGCUGAUGAAGAAGAAUGAAGCUUCAUCGAUGGAAUCGAAAGAGCCAGAACCGAAACCAACUCUAAGCCCAACACAAUCCCCCACCUCAGACCCCAGAUCUUUCGCCGUCCACUUUGUCGACUUCAUUGACAGCACCCCCACCCGCCGUCCUCCCAAGCUGAGCUCCAGCCAGCGAAGCAAAACCUCCGAGUCGAAGCACAAGAAUGACACGGUGCCUGACGCUGCAGGUGAAACCUCCCCCAAGGAAGAAAAUGGUACAGGAAGCCAGGAUGCUGAAAGUUCCAGGCUGGAUAGAAACUUCAGAAGACGCACUACCUUCAGAAUCCAAAAUGAGCAAGGUGGUGCCAGGGAGGAACCUGGAGUAUCUCCUGUCAAAGUUCAAUCAGAGAACACAACGACCUCAGAUACCUCCAUCGCUCCAUCACGCUGCACGGAAGAUGACAAAGUCGACAUCUCAGGGACAGAAUCAGCGGGUGGAGACGAGAGCACCAAGGGAAAAGGUCUACUCAUCCAGGUUGACCUUUCAGACCUGAAAGACUCCAAGGAGGGUGCGAGAGGCGAGGAACAGAAGAACAUGCUCGGCUUCUUUUUUAAGGAUGAAGAGAAGGCCGAGGAUGAGAUGGCUAAACGUCGCGCCGCCUUCAUGCUCAAACAGCAGCGCAAAGCCCAGGAGGCCAGGCUACGCAAGCAGCAGCAGGAAGCGGACAGCGAGCUCAAGCGUGACGAGGCCAGGCGUAAAGCCGAGGAGGACCGGGUUCGGAAAGAGGAGGAGAAGGCCAGACGAGAGCUGAUAAAGCAGGAGUACCUGCGCCGGAAGCAGCAGGCCUUGUUGGAAGAACAGGGUCAGGUUAAGCCGAGGCCCAGGUUCAAGUCCAGCAGAAAUAGACCCAAAUCACUCCACCGCGGCGAGUUGAGCAGUCCCUGUAAAGGAUCCACCACACCCGAUUUGAGCUUUCGAGGAUCCACGUUGUCUUUAGCCACCGAGGGGGACAGUGUCAUCUCCGGAGAGAUGGAGUCGCAGAGGGCUGAGUCGGUCUGCUCCAUGGAUUCCUUCGCUGUGCUUAGCAGAGCCUCCAGCAGGAACAUGGAGCGCGACUGGGAGAGCGGCUCCGUCGCCUCCUCCAUCACGUCAUUCGAGUACAACGGGCCCAAGCUUUUUAAAGAGCCCAGCUCCAAGUCCAACAAGCCCAUCAUCAUCAACGCCAUCGCACACUGCUGCCUAGCUGGGAAGGUGAACGAGACCCAGAAGAACGUCCUUCUGGAGGAGCUCGAAAAGUGCGAGUCCAAUCACCUGAUCAUCCUCUUCCGCGACGGCGGCUGCCAGUUCCGCGCCGUGUACUCGUACUCGCCGGAGACGGAGGAAAUCGUCAAAUUCACGGGCACAGGGCCGCGCGCCAUCGGCCACAAGAUGAUCGACAGGCUCUACAAGUACAGCUCGGACCGCAAGCAGUUCAACAUCAUCCCGGCCAAGUCGGUGUCGGUCAGCGUGGACGCGCUGACCAUCCACAACCACUUGUGGCAGGCUAAGAGGCCCGGCAGCGCGCGCAGGAAGUGACACGCCGAGGCUCGGUACUUCUGUUCUGUAUACGACCGUUGGGCCGGACCCAAAUAGUCGUGUUCAAACUAAACGUUCAAAAAUUGAUAACAAAUGAAAAAUCUGGAAAGUUGCAGCUUCUGAAAAGC